AGUGCGGCGUGGCCACGUGUGCAGGCCAUGGCGGGCGGGUUGGAGCCGCACCUGGAGGUGCUCCGGCGGGAGCUGGGUGGCCCCGCCGUGCUCUCCGUGCUCAUCGCCCUCAUCGUCGUCGCCGUCACCUUCUUGAUCUGGCGGUUCGUGCAGGGCAGGAGGAGCAGCCGCAAGGCCGUGCUGCUGCUGGGCCUCUGCGACGCGGGGAAGACGCUGCUCUUCGCACGGCUGCUGUCGGGGAGGUACCGUGACACCCAGACCUCGAUCACCGACAGCUCGGCCGUCUACAGGGUCAGCAGGGACAAGAGCACAAAUGUGACCUUGAUCGACCUUCCAGGCCAUGAGAGUUUGAGGCUGCAGUUUCUGGAGCGGUUCAAAGCUGCAGCCAGAGCCAUCGUGUUYGUGGUGGACAGCGUGGCCUUCCAGCGGGAGGUGAAGGACGUGGCUGAAUUCCUGUACCAGGUCCUGGUGGACAGCACCGUGCUCAGGAACGCGCCCGCGCUGCUCAUCGCCUGCAACAAGCAAGAUGUCACAAUGGCAAAAUCAGCAAAACUCAUCCAGCAGCAGCUGGAGAAAGAGCUCAACACCCUGCGUGUGACCCGCUCUGCAGCCCCCACCAGCCUGGAUGGCUCAGGCACAGGGGGCCCUGCCCAGCUGGGCAAGAAGGGCAAGGACUUUGACUUCUCCCAGCUGCCCAUGAAGGUGGAGUUUGUGGAGUGCAGCGCUCGGGGCAGCAAGGGAGAGGAGGGAGAGGCUGACUUGGAGAGCCUUGAGAAGUGGCUGGUGAAGGUGGCCUGAACAGAAACGGACAGGGCUGGGGGGCUGAAGGRAAAAAAGAUGGUCUGGAGCACUCAAAUCUCAUCUUGAUGUAAAAAGAAGAAACUUCAGCURGAAGUCAGCACUGUGAUGUCUUCCUCUGCUGCUUGUGGGCU